ACCCGGGACUGCAAAGAAAUGUAUUUAUUGAUUGAUUUUACUUUGACCAGACCACACCUCUUGUGAGACCAGAGAUGGUGUUGUACCUAACAUAGAUACUUAGCUAUAUAUUAGACAUACGUGAAAUUUUAUCAUUUACUAAAGACAAUUUUAUCUAACGAUGACGACGGCAGGCCAGGAGUUCGGAACGUUCUAUAUGUAUAAGGACGCCAAACCUACUGUGGAAAGUCGCUACCCUAUAUUGCAGUACGUCAAACGAAAACUUAAAAUCGGACAAUACGACCCGGAAGAUAAGAGGAGCGCGCUGGUAAAGAAAUCGGGACAUUACCGCGUCAAGUACACAGGACUAAAGCAGUUCCGAGGGUUUUUCCUACGGGACCUCUACAUCACUCUCGUCGACCUACAAUGGCGAUAUCUCCUCGCCAUCGUAUUCAACAUGUACCUGAUCACCUUCUUCUUCUUCGGAGUGUGUUGGUACUGGAUCAUGGCCAGCAAUGGCGACUUCGACCACCUCAACGACCCCGACUGGAAGCCGUGCCUUACCGGGGUCUACACAUUCGCCGGUACGCUCAUCUUCUCCAUAGAGACGCAGACGACCAUUGGGUAUGGAUACGCCUACCUUAACGCGGACUGUACCAGUACGCUCGUGCUGUUGUUCAUCCAGAUCACCUGCGGGAUAUUGAUGGAGAACCUGUUAUUGGGCUUCGUCUUUGUCAAGUUCGCCCAGCCAAAGCGCCGACAGAAAACCAUUGUCUUCAGUAAGAACGCCGUUGUCAACCAGGAAAAUGGCAACCUUUGUCUGCAGAUCCGCCUAGGAGAUAUGCGUCAGAGCCACCUGCUGGACGCCCGGGUUCAUGGAGUUCUCGCAAAGAAACACGUGACCGCAGAGGGCGUGCAGUACCCGCUGUAUCUACACGACAUGGAGUUCCAUGCGCAAGGGAUGGGGGAAAAGGUUGUGCUGAUGUGGCCACUGAUCCUGUCUCAUAAAAUCACGUCCGACAGCCCUUUUUGGACCAUCAAACCUGCUGACCUCAUGACCGACAAGUAUGAACUUAUCAUAUAUGUUGAAGGUACCAUAGAAUCUACUGGAGAGUACUGCCAGGCCCGCACCUCAUAUCUGCCGUCGGAAUUACUCUGGGGACACCGCUUUGACAGGCUAGAAGAGUUCGACAGCGGAAACGGAAGAUGGGAAGUCGACUUUGAAGGCUUCCAUGACGUAGUUUAUACGACUAACAUCCGUAACAGCGCAAAAGAAUUGUACGAUAUGAAACACGGCCCCGCCAAGGACAAGACGUAUGACGAAACUGCUAGUACCAGCCGUAAGACACCAAGUCCUCCACUCACAGUUUCCUUGCACACCAUACCGUACGACUCCCCGCCGUCAGAAUCCGGCACAUUCCAUGACGUCACAGACGAAACAACAGGGCCGGAAGAAACUUCAGUUAUGCAAGAAAUGACGUCAGAGGAUGAAAUGGAAAACUACUUCCACACCACACAUAGUUCAACAUCCGGAAACGAAGACGAGAUUGAAUCAACAGACGGUACAGCCUCUUCAGACACAAAACAUAAGGAGGAUGUAUCUACAGAAAUCCACGCCGACCUUGGAGACGGUAACUUAGGCGCUAUUCUGGAAGAGGAGGAGAGCGAUGAUUUAGCACGAUACAAGUAUGCUGAUGCUGACGAGGACGAUGACAAAUCAGAUGAUGAAUAUCUGUCAUCUUGAUACUUUAAAAUUUAUGAAACUAAAAAAAAAAUGAAACUAUUGAAGUUGUUUUGAUUGCAGAAGUUCGUAUAUAAGUGCAGCUUCUUUAAUUUUCAAGAUAAUGAUAAGCUAUCUUCUUCAUUGACAUUCAUGCUUUAAUGGUUGGCAAUGUGAAUAAGUUUGACCGAAGUAUGUUUUAAUGUGUUACAUAUAGAAAUUUGCGCCUAGAACCUCUAUCUCGGGGUUAAACGCGCCAAACGAUACUUUCACUAUUACUCUUACUAAUUGUAUGUCAGUUUCUCGAAAAAAAUGCCGGAAACGGACUCUAUACUUGAAUUCAUUUGAUAAAUGAUCCAAUGUUCCACAACCGCUGAGCAUGAGUUACCAUGUGGUUAUAACUUACGUUUUAAAAUGGUUUGAUUAGCAUAAAAAGUCCGUCUGACCAGCAUGCUUUGCUGCCUUUGUUUCGUCCCUGUACUUGUUGUACAUUGUACAUACGUGAUUAGUCCCGCCUCCUUUUACUUGUGUUUUGUUAUAUCGUGGCCUUUCAGUUUCGAUUCCCCUCAAUGUAUUGUUUAUAUUACCCCUGAGCAUGAUUUUCCUGAUCUGGAAUGUCCUUGUUCUAGCCCAGAGAAAUAAAUGACCUUGUGAAUUUUCAGUGACGUAACAAUGAAAAACAAUCGAAAGACGUCACUUUCCAGUAAUAGAAUGAUAUUUCACUCCCUAUUCUUACCUCGAUUCUCCAUCUCAUCCCAAAUGUGUGCAACUAUCUAAUCUACUACGUAUCCAUUGUACAUAACAGCCCCGUGUAUAUAGUUCGUAUUGCACUCUCUCCUGUUUCCCUCCCCAAUUCCGUACAACCUUUGCAGUACCCAUUUUGUUCCGACGCCUAUAACUUAAACAUUACAAUCUACAAACUAGUUUCUGCUGUAUGAUUUUAUAUGCCUUGUAUAUUUGCAUUUUUUGUCAAUACUUUAUUAAAACUAGAUGUACAUAACUUCCGUCGUUUCCAAGUUCCUUUUCGUGGUUGUUAAGAGAAAACAGUGAAUGCAAUUUACAUGUAGAUCUCAAUCAGAGAGGGACGACACUUUAGCACUACCGGGGUUCAAAUGUAAAAUCAGGGCCCGUAUUCAUGAAAUCAUUCUCAUGUUCAAGAAUGUAUUCUGUGCUCAAACCAAUUUUCUUGUAACUCGCUCAAAUCAUAUCAAAAGAUAAAAAAAAGUAUUCGGCUUUAAAUUCUCUUCAAAUUCCGCUAUAAAUCAUUGACAAAAUAAGAUUUUAUUAGUAAUUUAUAAACAGAAAAAGAAAUUUGGCUUGAGCACAAAAUCCCUAUUUGAGUAUGAGAACAUAUUCAGGAAUACGGGUCCUGGUUAAUAAGAAAGUAAGAUAAUUGUCCACGGAGUUGUCGCCAAAAACCACAAGUUGACAGAAAUGUGGAGUGUGAUAAGUACUUGGCGUUGUCUAUGUAUGCUAAGAGCCAAUUGUAAACCAGGUGAUGCAUUGCCUGAAAUUUUAGUUUAACUUCAUCCACCUUGCAUUAUGAUAAAUAAACGACGUUUGUAUUCAAGCAUUAAAAACAAAUUAUAAACGAUAAAUUCAUCAGAAUGCCGGUUUUAUGUUGUAUUGUUGUCUCCAUAACAAUGACACGGAUACACCUAUACAUUAUAAUUGUGCAACUGUAUGAUUGUGAUCAAUGCCUUGUCUGAAUAAAUGAACGAUUGAAUGAA